AAUUCCAUUCUUCCCGGAAGUGUCAUCCCCGCUUCUCUUGGUGAUUUGGAAUGGACGCUUAUUAUGGGUGGAAAAUAGAAACCACUUAGCCGUCUCCUGUAUUUUAUUUUAAUUACUUUAUUAUCUUGGAAGAAAACAAAAACACUCUCAAUAUGACAAAUGCAUACUCCUUCGACGGCAUCCUCGUAUUCGGACUUCUCUUCAUUUGUACUUGUGCGUACCUGAAGAAGGUUCCUCGCCUCAACAGCUGGCUGUUAUCGGAAAAAAAAGGCGUGUGGGGCGUCUUCUAUAAAGCGGCGGUUAUUGGUACCCGGCUUCAUGUCGCCGUGGCGCUGUCCUGUUUGUCUAUGGCUUUCUAUUUGGUCUUCUUGAAAUGACACCGGCGAAGCCAGGUCAUGGACACUGUUCGGACGUUGAAGCCCGGAGCACCGGAGGGAACGUCGUCCCGGAGAACCCUAGCGUCGGGAUGCACUCAGACACUGCUCUGCAUUCCUACUUCUUACCCGUUCCUUAAGUUCUAACCAUCUAGUCCUUUAUAUUUCCUCAUAUCAUAAUUCGUUAUUGGAGGGAGCUGCGUCUAAAGAAGGAACUGUGAUUAAGGAUGAACGAUUUACCAGUAUGAAUAUUUAGCCUCUACUUCCUGGUUUAACUCGGUGUCAUGGCUGAACAUGAAAUUGUCUAGAAAUGAAGAAAGACACUAUCCUCUCUCUCUCUUUCUCUCUUUUACAAAUCGAUUCAGUUUUUCCGAGACACAGUGAUUAAUAUGGCUGCGUUUUUGUUAAAUCUUGUAAUUUAACAAAGUUUAAAAGGUUCAACAAGAUGUCAUGACGUGCCAGUCCUCAGAUUGAUCGCUUUGGUCAUGCAGGCAAUUUAUCUAAAUUGGACGGACAGAAAAAAAAAGGAAAAGUCUCAAUGCAUUCAUUUUGCCCACACUGGCUUGGAUUUGCAUGUUAUAUUAAUAUGCGUUCCUCUCGUGCCCGUUAAUUCUACGGUUUAAGCUUCUUCAGUGCAAAUAAAUUAGAUUUGUUUCUCCUAUUUUCUUCUGUGGUCUAAAUAUUAUAUUAUAUUAUAAUGGAGAUAUUCUACAGUACAGCAACAUCAGUGCAAUGUAAAGUCCCAGAGGUUGGUGUUUGUAAAUAUACUGUAUAAGAAAUAGUAAAUAGUCUAAUAUUAAUUAAAGAAAAUUUUCAAUCGGGAUGGGAUUUUCUUUUUCUAACACAUUAAGCAAUCUGUCAUCUUAUUCAGUCGACUGCAAAUCCGACUUUUAACAAAUGAAAACCCUUUCACUAAGACCGUAUCAUGAUGCCAAAACGGGCAUAGUUCUGAGAUUGUUGUGCGGAUUGGACGCUCACAGCCUGUUACUGUCUGUGAAAUAAAUCUGAAAUUCUGUGCACUCAUGUAAAUCUCAUGCUCGUAGUUUUUUUUCUGUGCACUGCCGUCAUUAUGGAGCAGUAUUGCUGGUUGUCAUCAGAAAAUUUUAGUACCCUUGUUCACUUUGUAUUUAAAUUGAAUUAAAUAAAGAAUAAUAAUAAGCCCUUUA